AGUGCACGGUGAAAGUACCAGCGGUCGUAUUUUGUAGCGGUAGGUAGAAUAGGUACUACCCGUAGAUUUUCGCAGAUCGCUGACAGUGUGUGAAUUGGUGGUGAAACGUUCGUUUAUCUGCUGUCGCUGACUUUCUUUCGCAUCGUAGAGGAAUCUCGCUCUGAUUGUUCACUUCAAUGGGAAACGAAAGGAGUUCUUAGAAGGUAUAACUCUCAGAGGCUUCACUAGAGUAUCAAAAAUAACAGAAGAAUUAUGUAUCACCCUAAAGUGGAAAGGCACUAGAAUGGGAAACGCUGGAAGCCAAAACGGCCAAAUCAGUCAAAGUGUCAUACAAAAAGAACAGUGGGCUCAUUCCUUCCCAAGAACCCAACCCACUAAAUUGAGUACCCAACACAAAGUACUUCCAGAGAGAGAUGUCCAACUAAAACUCAGGUCCACAAAUAAUGGAGAGAUUCUACAUUCUGGCGGAACUUUAUCGGGAAGACACAGCAAUAAAUUAGGAGAUAAAUAUAAUGAAUAUCCAACACAUGGAUUUAAGGAACAUAUUCCUCCAGCUAGAAAAUAUUUUCCCAAAGAAAGAGAUCCCCAACACAAGUCCAGGGCCCAAGGAGUGCAACACAAACUCAGUCAGAAUGCUUCUAGUCAAAAUAAGGGUCUACAUGGGCAGAUGAAAUUGUAUGUGUCAGAACCAGAUCUGCGGUACCCUUCGAGUCAAGAAUUCAAAGAUAAACGGUCCAAGAAAAAAUACAAAGCACCUCCGCCCCCCCAAAAUCUAUCAACGCUAAUGGUAAUUAUAACCAUAAUAAAAAGAGUGGAGAACAAAGUGGUAACAUUGUUAACAAGUAGCUCAGAGUUCUUAAGUGACAUUGAGUGUCAGUGAAAUAUCUAAAAAUUGUAAUUAUUCAGUUACCCUAUUUGCAUGCUAAUGUCAGAUUUUUCCUAAGGAAGCAUUCAAUAAUGGUCCUAUUUUCUAUCGCUACUUCUCGUGACAUAUCGAUUAAUAUCAAUCUCAAACAUAAUCGAUGUUACUCAGGAAUGCAUAGUGUGAAAAAUCAACUUCUAGUGCAUGUACUUGCUUCACGUGUCUGAACUCUGAAUCACAUCAUGUCUAAUUUAAUUUUUUUUUUUUGCUAAUAAUACUAUUCUACCACUUUCCAGACUGUUUCAUUUAAAACUAUUUCAUUGAAAUAUUAAAACACCUGAAUUAAUUGUAUUUUUAAUACGACCUUGGAUAAAAGUACAAAGGAUUCCACUGACCAUCAAUAUGUCAAAAGCUGACCACCCACAUAUAUAUAAUAAAGUUCUUUUUGUUCCACCU